GAAAAUGCCUCCAUAAGGUUUGCCUGUAGAAAAUAGCUCCAGAGGUUAAAUGAAGCUGGGCAGAGUUUAUCCAUGAGGCGUCAUAGUUCCUGCCGAUGUCUGGAGAUAGCUGCUCCAGAGAGAAAUUGACCCGUUAGGAUUAGGUAGCUAGUCACAAUGAAGAAAAUUAGUCUGAAAACCUUCCGGAAAUCUUUCAACCUGAGUAAAAGCAAAGACGAAACCGAGUUCAUGGUGGUUCAGCCCCAGACCCUCGCUGGCGACUUUGUGAAAGAUGACUCUUUGUUUGGGAGCUGCUAUGGCAAGGACAUGGCCAGCUGCGACAUUGGCGGUGAGGAUGAGAAAGGGAAGAACAGGUCCAAAAGCGAGAGCCUGAUGGGCACCUUGAAGAGGCGGUUGUCCGCCAAGCAGAAGGGCAAGGGCAAGGGCGGCACUGCGCCCACAGAUGAGGAUACCUUUUCCUCUGCUUCAGCGCCUGGUGGCCUCAAGGAUGUGCGUGCCCCACGGCCCAUCCGUUCCACAUCACUGCGCAGUCACCACUACAGCCCCACACCCUGGCCGCUGAGGCCCACCAGCUCAGAGGAGACAUGCAUCAAGAUGGAGAUGCGGGUGAAGGCACUGGUGCAUGCUGCCAGCCCGGGCCCAGUCAAUGGUGUGCGCAAGGAGCUGCGGGAGUUGCAGCCCAAAGAGCUGCGGAACCUGCAACCUAGGGAGCUGUUGCAGUCCAGGGAGCUGUGUGACCAGCAGCCGGAGCCACGCCCUGAGUCCCGCUGCAGCCCUGGUUCACCCGGGGACCUGCGCCUCCAUCUGGAGGAACACGUGCCUGUAGUUAUUGGACUCAUGUCUCAGGACUACCUUCAGUACACCGUGCCUUUAGAAGACGGGAUGUGCCCUUUGGAAGGGCCGCGCAGCUGCUGCCUGGACACGUCCUCCCCCAUGGAAGUGUCAGCCGUGCCCCUACCCGGGGCCAGCGCCUUCUCCGAAGACGACAGUCAGGUGGACCAGGACCUGGUUGUAGCCCCAGAGAUCCUUGUGGAUUCUUCGGUGAACAACUUGUUGAUCGGCACCACAGGAGUCAUGUUGCAGAGCCCUAGAGCAGGUCAUGACGAUGCCCCUCCCCUCUCACCAUUGCUACCUCCAAUGCAGAAUAACCCAAUCCAAAGGAACUUCAGUGGCCUCUCGGGCCCGGAUGUGCACAUGGCUGAAAGUGUGCGUUGUCAUUUGAAUUUUGAUCCCAACUCUGCACCUGGGGUUGCCAGAGUUUAUGACUCAGUGCAGAGCAGUGGUCCCAUGGUUGUGACAAGUCUAACGGAGGAGCUGAAGAAGCUUGCAAAACAGGGGUGGUACUGGGGUCCCAUUACACGCUGGGAGGCAGAGGGGAAACUGGCAAAUGUGCCAGAUGGUUCUUUUCUUGUUCGGGAUAGUUCUGAUGACCGUUACCUUUUAAGCCUGAGCUUUCGCUCCCAUGGUAAAACACUUCACACUAGAAUUGAGCACUCAAAUGGUAGGUUCAGCUUCUAUGAGCAGCCAGAUGUAGAAGGGCAUACGUCUAUAGUUGACUUAAUCGAGCAUUCAAUCAGGGACUCUGAAAAUGGAGCAUUUUGUUAUUCAAGGUCUCGGUUGCCUGGAUCUGCGACUUACCCGGUCAGACUGACUAAUCCAGUGUCCCGGUUCAUGCAGGUGCGCUCUCUGCAGUACCUGUGCCGCUUUGUUAUACGUCAGUACACCAGAAUAGACUUGAUUCAGAAACUGCCUUUGCCAAACAAAAUGAAGGAUUAUUUGCAGGAGAAACACUACUGAAAGAUUGGGAGCCCUGCUUCUUGCACUUUGGGGUUCAGAAACAAGACUGGAGUACAGUUUACAGACUUACAUCGCCAUUGAAGUCUUUGCUGCCAUAACUAUUUUAGUUUUUACGUGUGAAAGAGUCAUCAGUUUGUUCAGGGGUGGGGAAGUGUCUGCAAGGUGUCUUGAAUUUAUUUUGAUUCUUUGGAAAAGGAUGUCUUGAGGAUCUAGAAGUGUGAGUUAUCUUUCUUUAAUGUGCAGAAUAAUCACAAUGUGAAUGACCAGAUUCUCCUUAACCCCCUCCCCAGUCCUUUGCUGCUAUCCACUGUGAUUCUUAUGCAUUAAAGCACAUUUCAUGUGUAUUUAACCCUAAGUAAAGUUGAAUGAAAUGUAAAGAAUAAAAAUUGUUAUGACGUUAAAUGGCCCAGUUGAAUAAAUGUGUGGGAUAAAACAUAUCUACAAAUACACUGAAAAAUGAUUUCUAACUCUCACACUUUAAAAAAGGUUUAUUCAGAAUUGUGAAUUGACACAACCUUGUUUAAUGGAAUGCAAAUCUGCAACAUAUCUGUACAACACUUUUCUAAAUUAUUUUUUAAGGAUGUGAUAAUUGUUUUGGUUGUGAGAAGUUGAAUUUCUUUCUGUUGCCUUCAUUUUCAUCUUGUGAUUUGUCUCUUUUGAUAAAUGGCCUUACAUUAAAAAUUGUAAACAAAUAUAUACCCAAUUUAUAAAUUGUUGCCUUUUCUGUCAUUAAACUCGGGUACAAAUUGGCAUAACUUAAAGCCCUGUAAAGCCCAAACCAUUGUUACAAAAGUGAGAUGACCCUGGUUUCUCAUGAGCAGUGUGUGAGUGUGUGAAUGAGAGAUUCUUUCAUUUAAAUAUUUUAUCUAUGAUUUCUUUAGUCAAUACUUUUUUCCAUAAACUUGACAAAACAAGUUUCAUAAAUGAGUUGUAUUUUCUUACAUUGAAGUUUAUAUAAAGUUGUAAAUUGAUUUGAAUAGAAAAGUUAUUUUAAAGUUGACUUAUCUUUCUUCUUUGUAGUCAUUACAAUGUGCUGGGUUUGACCAUUCUGCCCCUAAAACAACAGCCCUGACUGACAUCAUUUAAAUAAUUGGAAAUUGUGAUGUGCGUGAGAAAAACUGAAAAAAAAAUCAGAUUUGCAGAGAGUUUCCUGUUGUGAUUGUCCUUUCAAGAUAGCAUUUUGGUAUAUGCUAAUUUUGCUAAUUCCUAAGUAACUUGGCUUCUCUAGUUUUUUUUUUUUUAUCAUUGUGUUAAGAAAAUGGUGUGCCAGGUUUUAAAACUUAUUUUGGAAUGUAGUUAAGUUCAGAGUUCUGCAAUGGUGUUAUUAAAAAUAUUAAGUGCUAGAAUUUAAAGAUUGCCCCAUUCAGAAGGCAUUUGUAGCUAUACAUGCUUAAAGAAAAAUCACAAGGGUAAAGGUCUUAGGUCAAACUUUCUGGCUUUAUCAUCCAAACAUAUCCUUCUCUUUACAUUUUUCUCUAUUUUUCUAGGGGUAGAAUUGAGAUAUUGCAAGAAAAGGCACAGUGCCAUUGUGUUACAGUGGUAAUGGCAUUUUAACUUAUAAGGAACAAGGUACUUACUUUUGAUGGGAUGUUGGUUGGACCUUGUGACAAAGAAUUUCAUUUUCUAAUUUGUUUCAUCUAAUAUGAUGGAAUAUGGAGUAUACUGUAAUAAUACAAGCACUCAUUAUAAGCUAUUGGAGUAAGAACUAUUGCAGAGUUGUAGGCUUGUUAUCAAAUUAAUGCAAGACACUUAGCUAUUUUUUUGCAAAACUAUUUAUUUUUAAACAGCUGAAGAUAUAUCUAUGUGAGUUGAAAGUCCCUGCAUCUACGUUAGAUGGUAGGUAUUGUCACAUAGUUACUGUAUUGAUGGUGAAUGUCAAGAGGCUUCGUGUCCUCAAGAUCAUGGCUCAUAAAAGUCUCUGGACUGUCUGUCCCCAACAUGUCUCACAUGAACAUAGCUUGUGUCCUACUCUUUCUCAUGGUGUACCGUGUUAGGGUCUACCCAUUAAAGGCCAAGAUUAUUCUGAUGUUCAUGGAAGUCUUUCUAAUAAUCAGUUUUGUGCUACUUUGUAGGGAAAUCUUUAUUACGAAAAACAACUUUUGAUGAACUGUAUUUUCAUACUUAACAGGACCUGUUGUAAUUCAAUUUGAAAUCAUCAGGUUCCAAUAGUUGAUGAAUAAAAAUUGGCAUUUGUUGAGAAAUUGGAUUCACAGAAAGGUGUAUUGUCAGUAUUUUUGUGUUUUUGUAGCCAAGACAUCCAUUUGACUGAAGUGGGAAACUGGAACUCUGUUAAAAAUGGAAAGAGAAAGACUAAGUCCUUGUCUUGUAUCUUGGCUUAGACAGAAGUUGGUUAACUUUCUGGGAUUCUUUGAUCUUAGACGAUAUAAACACAGCCGUUAAGCUGUUCUUAAUCUGCACAUUUAAAAUUCCUAGGUUUAAAGCAAGAAAAUAGCAGGAAAGCUGCAUCCAUUUGUGACAAGUGAAUUGGUUUUUGUUUUGUUUUGUUUUUAACUCAAGUAUUUCACCACCAACGUGCUGGAGGCUGGAAGUUACUUGGGGCUUCCUAGGACACUUAACACAUUUUUAUAAGAAAGUACUUGAAAAAUACCUUGUUUUCUCUGAGGAAGACUGUUUUCUUUUUACAUGGUGCAAUAAUCUGAAAACUUAUGUCACAUAUCACAGUAAAUAACCACAGAACUAAAAAUAAUUUUAAGAAAACCAGCUGCAUAGGGCAACCAUCUUACUGUUGAAUAAAAUCAAGUGCCAAAAAGGCUAGCUCAUUGGCAUUAAGAUAAAACAAAGUAUGUGUCAUAGUUUCUGAGCCAGUAUUACUGAAACAGUAUGGAAGUUAUUGAAAUCUUAUAGGUUUAUGCAGUUUCUUUCCUAGUGCUAAGUAUCUAACUGCUUUCAGGAAUACCAACUUUAAUUACCGUACAUUUCACAUUGUAUAUGAAAGAAACUUAUGAAUGAUUCAAAAUAAUAUAUUUUGAUUUAAAUCUGAAUUUCUUUUAUUGAAUGUGAAGUGUUAAUUAGAAAAUGGAAUGACACUACCAGCAAUAGACAGUUUUGUUGAAUAUUCUUUAAUGAAGAACAAUAGCCAGUCCCACAAAUAACUUUAAAGUUCUAAAGGUAUUGGUACGUUAAUAAUAAAAAAAAAUUGGUUUCUUUUAAUACUUUUUUAAUCCUUUAAAGUUUUUAUAACAUCCUUUUUAUUGAUUAGUCAUAACAAGGCAAAUAUGUACUUUUGUUUGAAAAGUGAUCCAAAUUCUCCAACGAGAGAGGAUGAGGAGGUCUUAGAAUUUCCAAACAGUAUGUAUUCAUGUUGGGGUAAAGAAGUCUCAUAGUUGGUGUGCUGUGAGAUUAAUACCUGCAAUCCAGAUUGCUGUAGUUUACACUUUGUACGUUUCAAAUCAGGUGUGUACCGUUUGUACUGAGAACACCACAGAAUGAACUAUCCAAAGUCCAUUGAUUUAAUGUGUUUUGGUUUGUAAGCGAAUUAUAGUAAUUUCUUGCACAUUUUUUUGGAAAUCAAUUGUAUAAAAAUUUAUGUAUCUGCUUCUAGAUACAGUGUGUAAAUAAAAGUUUGGUUCACAACA